UGUGCCAAACAAAGAUAUGAGGAUCUUCACAAAGCUCUCUGCGCCACUCUGCCUCCUUUUUGUCUUCCUCUGUCUUAAAAUUGCCUUCUCAUCCUCUAUUCAUGCUUCUUCCUUCCCAACAACGCAUCUCUGCUCUCAUGAGGAGGCUCUUGCUUUGCUGCAAUUCAAGACAUCCUUCUCCAUCAAUUACACUGUUUAUAUUCCUGGUUUAUGUGAUAGUAAAGCUAAUUAUUCUAAGAUUGAGUCAUGGAAGGAAGGUAUAGACUGUUGUUCCUGGGAUGGGGUUAGCUGUGAUAAUGUCACAGGCCAUGUAAUUGCCCUUAAUCUCAGCUGCAGUUCCCUUUAUGGCACCUUUCCUUCCAACAGCACUCUUUUCUUCCUCAGAAACCUGCAGAGCCUCAAUCUUGCCUUGAAUGAUUUUAGGUUUUCCAAGAUUCCAUCGGAAAUCAGUCAGUUUACUAGACUAAAGCAUCUUGAUGUCUAUUUUUCUCAAUUUUCGGGCCAAGUUCCGGGAGAAAUUGCUCACCUCCCCAAGUUAGUUUCUCUCAACCUCUCUUACAAUUCUUUGAUCCUUGAAACAACUACCUUGAGAUAUCUUGUUCACAACUUGAGUGAGGUGAGAGAACUUGUGCUUAGUGGAGUGAACUUGACAUCUGUUAAUCCUCGUUUCUUCAUGAAUCUCUCUUCUUCAUUGACUACUCUUAAUCUUUGGGAGAGUGAAUUAAGAGGAAACUUUCCAAACAGUAUUUUCCGCUUUCCAAAUCUCAAGAAUUUUUAUUUAGGUGGAAACCGAAACCUCACUAUUGAUCUUUCAAGUUCCAAUUCGAGCAGUCCUCUCCAACAUUUGUAUUUAUAUGAUAUGGAUUGCGGAAGGCGAUUGCCAGAGUCUAUAGGAAAUCUAAAGUCAUUACAGUAUCUGAGGCUUGGCUGCAACUUGGAAGGUUCCAUUCCAGCUUCCAUUGGGAACUUUACACAACUUACCUCUCUUGACCUUACCAAUAAUCAGUUUUCUGGUCCCAUUCCAGCGUCCAUAGGUAACUUAAGGCAACUUACUAGCUUAGACCUCUAUUCUAACCAUCUUAGCGGACAAAUCCCAUCAUCACUUGCAAACCUCACCCAACUUGCCUUUCUUGACCUUUCCAAUAAUCAGUUUUCUGGUCCCAUUCCAGCUUCCAUAGUAAAUCUUAGUUAUCUUGAUUUAUCAUCAAAUCAUUUUAGUGAUUUAGUAGAAGCUGACAUGUUCUCGGUGCUUCAAAAUCUGGAAACCAUCUUUCUUUCAGACAAUAAUCUGUCCUUGAGAAUGAAUGUCAAUGCCAACUUCACAUUACCCAUGCUAACUGAUGUUUCCUUUUCUUCUUGUAACUUGAGUGAAUUCCCCAAUUUCAUAAGACAUUCAAAUGGUCUGCAAAGCCUAGUGCUAUCCAAAAAUAGCAUUCGUGGAAAUAUUCCCGAAUGGAUAUGUGAAAAGGAUGAUCUCGAAAUUCUUGACCUUUCUCAUAACAAUUUAAUCGGGAAGAUUCCAAAUUGUCUUAAGUUUCUCUCAGUGUUGAAUUUGCAGGCCAAUUACUUUGAUGGAAAUAUACCAUUUGGGUUUCCGGAGGGCUGUGGAUUACAAAAUCUGAACUUACAUGGAAAUCAAAUAGACGGUUUAUUACCAAGGUCUUUGGUGCAUUGUCGCAUGUUAGAGGUUCUAGACGUUGGCAACAACAACAUAAGUGAUACAUUCCCCCAGUGGUUGGAAUCUCUACUAGAGCUUCAAGUGCUUGUCUUAAGGUCCAACAAGUUCCACGGUUCUGUGCAGAGCACCAAAGAAAGUUCAUCUUUUCCCAAGUUGCGAGUUCUGGACCUCUCCAGCAAUUAUUUUGUUGGUGCUUUGCCUAUUCGGUACAUUGAAAAUUUUAAUGGGAUGAAAGACCCUCAUAAAGAUGGUGGUUCCCCUAAAUACAUGAUGGUGUCGACGGGAGCCAAUUCUUAUCAAUAUUCACUGGUUGUGACAUGGAAGGGAGCCGAGCGUGAGCUGCAGAAAAUCUUGACCGUAUUCAGUAGUAUUCAUCUCUCAAAUAACAAGUUUGAGGGAGAAAUUCCAGAUGUUAUGGGAAAGCUUAGUUCUCUCAAAGGGCUUAAUCUUUCUCAUAACAACCUUAUUGGUCAUAUUCCACCGUCACUAAGGAAUUUGACAAAUCUGGAAUGGUUGGAUCUCUCUUCCAACGAGCUGGCGGGGAAAAUUCCUGAUGAAUUGGUAUCUUUGACACAGCUCUCUGUAUUGAAUCUUUCAAAUAAUCAUCUUGUCGGGCGCAUACCACAGGGCAAUCAGUUCAACACCUUUGGAAAUGAUUCUUAUGAAGGAAACCCUGGACUGUGUGGAAUUCCAUUAUCAAAAUCUUGUGAUGGAAAUGGGACACAGCCGAGCUCCUUCCAAGAAAAAGAUGAGUUGUGGAGAUUUGGCUGGAGAGUUGUGGUGUUAGGCUAUGGAUGUGGAGUUGUUUUUGGACUGCUGAUGGGAUAUCUUGUCUUCCGAACAGGAAAACCAAAAUGGUUUGUGUCUUUGUUUGAUGGCCGACGAAGUCAAAGUGGAACGAAGAUGAGGAAAGCCAGAAGAAUUGUUCAAAGAAGAAGCUAGUUGAAGAGUUGAUGUUUUAGAGCUUCUGAUUUAAUGUUUCCUGAAUAAGUGCUUUUUGGGUUUGAAGUUCUUGUUAUGGCUGGCAUUGGCUUGUCUAAAAUUGUCAGCCUUCUCUUGUCUUUAUUAUGCUUUGUAAUUUUGUCUUUCUUUAUUAUAAAAUAUAUUUGAAGGUUUAAG